GGUGCUCCAGGCAGGCAAGGUGCACAAGGUCCUCCAGGAGCUACAGGCCAACAAGGCAAGAGGGGUAGAUCAGGAUUCCCAGGUUCAAUAGGAGCGAAAGGGGAGAAUGGUUGGAACGGACAGAUGGGACCUAAAGGAACCAAAGGAGAUCUGGGUGUCCAAGGUCCUCAAGGUACCAUGGGUUACCCAGGAGAUCCAGGCGCUAAAGGUGCACAUGGAGUACCGGGAGUAGCCGGUCCUCCAGGUGCUAAAGGUGGUAACGGAGAUCCAGGUGAUCUUGGUCUAAUGGGUGAAGCUGGUCUACCUGGUCAGCCUGGUCUACCCGGUCUAGAAGGGAUUACGGGACAGAUAGGAGCUCCUGGUGCUCCGGGGAAUCCAGGAGAGAAAGGAGAGACAGGGGAUCCUGGUAUGGAGGGGCUCCAGGGUCCAACAGGAAUCCAGGGAUAUGGAAUGAAAGGUGAAAAGGGUGACACCGGAGAUUUUGGACCAACAGGGCUCACAGGUCCCUCUGGUGAGCUUGGUCCAAUGGGACCUUCUGGUGAAAUGGGUACCCCUGGCCUACCUGGUGCAAAGGGUGAAAGAGGAGAUGUUGGACAAGAUGGACAAAUGGGUAUUGAAGGACCUGAAGGACCAUCUGGACCUCAAGGAGCUAUGGGAGAACCUGGUCCUAGGGGAGAAGCUGGUCUUAAGGGAGAGAGAGGAGACCAGGGCAUGGCUGGAAUGCCUGGUUCCCCAGUCAACAUCACCAUGAGGGGACCACCAGGUCUCUCGGAGGAGAGUCAUAUCAACUGUACCUUUGUCAUGAAAGGAGAACCAGGAUCUCCUGGUCCUUCUGGUCCUAGGGGUGAUAGAGGAGAUCCUGGACUAGCUGGAACUCCUGGACUCAACGGAUUUGAUGGAAUGAAUGGGCAGAAAGGAGAACAAGGCCUGAAUGGAACACAUGGCAUGCCAGGUGUGACUGGUCCCCAAGGGCCUCCAGGUGAAACAGGUUUAAUGGGUCCUCAAAGCCCUCCUGGUCCUCCUGGCUUCAAUGGCACUGAUGGUAUGAUGGGAUUGCCAGGUAUUCAAGGUGAGAUGGGUCUUCAAGGACUUCCAGGUGAAAAGGGUGCUUCAGGAGAAUAUGGACCACAAGGACUAAAAGGAGAACCAGGUCUAGAGGGAGUACCGGGAGAAAGGGGCUUACCUGGAGAUAGAGCUGAAAAAGGUGAAAUUGGAUUACAGGGCGUCCAAGGACCAGAGGGUUCUAAGGGAGAGGUGGGUCCUGCAGGAGCUAUUGGAUUACCAGGGAGCCCGGGAGCACAAGGGAUCCAGGGGAUGAAAGGAGACAAGGGCGAGUAUGGAGAUCAAGGAAUCCAGGGAUUAAGUAUUAAAGGAGACAGAGGAGAUAUGGGAUUAGCAGGAGUAGCCGGUACGAAGGGGCAUAAAGGAGAAGAAGGUAGCUUUGGCAAACCUGGAAAGAAAGGGGAGCCAGGAGCAGGGUCACCUGGUGCACCGGGAUUAAAAGGAGAACCUGGAGACCUUGGUAUGAAAGGAGAAAUCGGAAAUCCAGGCAGAAAUGGUUUACAUGGUUUAGCAGGUCCAACUGGGGCACCUGGUCCUCAAGGAAGAUAUGGUGUUGCAGGGACGAAAGGAAGUAGAGGAGAUAUGGGUUUACCUGGGCCUCAAGGUUAUAAAGGAAGUCCUGGUGAUUAUGGCCCAAAUGGUGAAAGAGGAAUAAAGGGAGACCAAGGAAGGCAGGGUAAGAGAGGGAAACGAGGACCCAAAGGCUUACCGGGAGCACCAGGGUUAGAUGCACCUUGCCCUGUGGGUUCUGAUGGCUUACCCCUCCCUGGAUGCUUCCCUGCUGCAUAGCCUCAAGCAUUAUCAUGAUGGGGUCGUCAGAGGUCAAAGGUCAUCAUGUCAUCACCAACCUCCAACCAGAGCUGAAUCCUCCUGAAUUCUACCAAAAAAGGUUUGGUGUGAAAACUAUCAAUAUCGCAUCAAAGAAGAAUUGAAUGACGCCAUCUUCUACACAAUUUGGAUGUGAAUAAAUCUGCUUCUUCAGGUUUUUAAGACCAAACAUGUUCAUGAUUCAUUCGUAGGUGUGUGCAGGAGAUAAAGGGAGAAAAGAUGAUAUGAUUAUAAGCCUGGCUGAAAUAUAAUUCUUGUUGGUUGCCAAAAUAGUUCCCUUAAUAAAGAAUGAAUAAUUUCUCAUUAUCUUUCUAACAAUUUUGACAACAUACUCGAUUAAUACUCGAUUCUGAUAUUAGUGACAAGAUCUUAAAUUUGAGUUGAAGACUCUCUGUGUUGGCAUUUAUAAAAUCAACUUUGUGAUUUUGAGGGGAAAAAAACUUGUUCAGGAGUAAUGUGUAUCAACAAUUGUUGCAACCAACAAGAAACCAUAUAUUUCUUUGGGAGUUUGUAUUAUAGAGAAUAUAUUAUUCAUUGAAUAAGUACUAAAGAGGAAUGAUUUUGAAAUGUCCUGUAUAUAUUGUACAGCUGUUGUUUAUAACCAAGCAACAACAAAUAUUGAGACAUCUAAAAAUAUUACUUUUUUAUCGAGUCUCACUGAAAAUGUAUUCCAAAUUUUAUUCGAGGUGAAGUGAGUUUCAUUCUGGUAUUUUAAUGUAAAUUAUAUGAGACCAGUGAAUGCCUGCCGUGUAUAGGUUUACAUGUACAUGUAUAUGUCGUAUAUUGUGAAUAUUCAUUUGUAUGCUUCCUUCCUAUUUAGGCUGAUUAAAUGUAUAUGCUACUUUGAAAUCGCUUUCCUUCAAAGGAUUUGAGAUAAAUGACAGAAAGGAGAUCCUUGAUUUAGUACUUUUAAGUUGAUAUUGGCUGAGCGUAUAUAUUUUGUUUCAAUUCCUUAGUAUACUUUGUGCUGGAUAUACAGGCUUGUAAUUUACCAAAGAUGUUCAUGACUUAUCAGAUUCUUAAAGUAUUAAAUGGUCACAAGCUUUGUCAAAACCAUGAACCUUGUAUCUUCUGUCGUUAUGCCCAUUUAAUAUUUGUAAUAUUACUGUUAUUUUGGUAAGGAAAUUUUUUUGGUACCUUACAUCACAAAGAAAUUGAUAUUGUUGGUUCUAGAAAGAAGAUAAAUUUUUUUUAUACAUGUACUCAGAGGAGUAAAGAGCACAUUCAGUGCAGAGUCAUUGAAAAAAAAAUUUAUCAGAUUUUCCCUAUAGAUGUAGUCAAUUAUUUUGAGUUAUUAUUCCGAGUAUCAUCUAACUUUCUUGGAAGAAGGCACAAUGUCUCAAUGGAGUAUUUUUUUAGUGAUUUGUUCAUACUUUUGUUUCAAAUAUUAUGUAGAUGAUAGCCUUCAAAUUACGUUUGACAUUUGCUAUAUGUAGUAUUGAAUGUGUACAUAUUGCUUUAAACUUGUAUAUUCUAACAAAAACUUGUAUAGAUCUUUCUUAUUUAUUCACUCUAAGAUUUUAUGUUUAUGUGUGAGGUACUCCUUUUGAUAUCCUUUCUCUUUUAUUUAAAAAAAAAAUUACUUUAAUUCAAAGAAAAAAAUAAUGGAUUACUUGACUGAAAACUCAUAGUGAGAAAUAUCAAUGAUGAACAGUUAUAAUAUAGAUGCAAGACCCUCCAAAUUUUAUUUGAAUUGGACAGAUUUCACUAGCAUUUUCCUUUGUAAACAGUAUUUCUUUUGACAUUAACCGAAAAACACUAUAUAAGGUAGUUAUGCAAUGAAAUUAACAAAGUCAACAUGUAGUCAUUAUUUUAUCUUAUAUAAUGCUUCAAAUUGUAUUGUGAAAAAAAGCUAUGAAUAUCAUGUACACGUAGCUUAUAUUUCACAAUAACUUUUGUAAUGUUUUGUUUUAAUUACUAUUUCCCAGACAUGUAUUUUCUUAAUAUUGAAAUGUUUAAUAUUGUGUAAAUAAUGAACUGAUAGGGACAAUGCCUUUAUAUUAUACUUGCCAAGUUUCUAUAGGGUUUUCAGCUUUGUAAAAAAAAAAAACCCCUCAAACGUCAGAUUGCAGUAUUUUAAGUGUAGAUGCAUAUAUAUAAGCCUAUGUAAAUGUAUUUUCCAUGAAUUGUUAUUGUAAUAUAUUGCCAUUUAUAACUGCCGUCAUGGAGGUAAUUGAAGGCAUUGCUUCUUAAUGUGUAUCACUUUUGCUAGGCUGAUUCCAGUGAUAGCUGUUAAUGUAGGCUAUUUAAAUCACCCUAGAUGCGAUAUUUUUUAGUCUGCGGUCUUGUUCAUGUUAGAUAUUCAAUAAUAUAUACAUUGUAUUUUCUACUGUAAAGUUUCACUAUCCAGUUUUAAGUAUUAAAAGUUUUUACUUUGAUCAUCAACGUAGAUAAUCAUUUUUUGAGAUGUUCUUGCUUCCUUUCAUAAACUAACCAUUUUCCUAUUUAUUUGUAAAUAAUAUUUUCGAAAAUAAGUUGAGAAAUGUAGGGAAAGAGAAACUAAUUUCUGUAAAGAGAUAGUAGUGGAACAUUGCCUUGACAAAAACAGUAAAUAUGUUAGAGUUGUCGGUGUCAGAGAUUAAGUUUGAUAAAUAAAUCAUGAAAUAUUGCAACUUUGUAGUUCUAACUGAAGAGAAAGAUACUCUAUGAAUAGUAAAUUUUUGUAAUAUUUGCUUAUUUAGGCCUCUCUCAGAUAUGACGUGGCAAAACCAGUGUUUUUUUUUAAUGAUGUAAAAAGUAAUACCCUCCAUAUUUCUAUAUCUUAUUAAACACAGAGCUAAGUGAACACUUGCAAGUCCGUCGUCACAUGCAGUUGCCAAUCAUUUACACUUUAAAUUAUUAAAAAACACCUUUUUUCUGUGGUUUACCGUGUCAUAUCUGGAAGAGUCUUUAAACUCACUUCAAGUUUUUUUGGAUGCCAAAACCCUGGUCAUUUUCACAGCAAAUCUUGCUCACUAUUUGAAAUCAACAAGUAAGAAGGUUAAAAUAUUUGGUCCGCUAAUUAACCUAAAGCAUAAGAUGAGUAACUUCACGAACCACAGAACUUGGGUAUUUCUACUCUCCUUCUUCCGUUAUUCAAAAUGCAAAGAAAAUUUUUAAUAUAGAAAUUUGAUUUGACCCCUUCUGACCCUUAGCAAAUUACUAUCAUAUGACAAUUCAACGCUUAUUAUAUAUUUCAGUAAAUUUCUGACCAUGUAAUUGUAAACCCAAGAUACAUUUCUGUCUACUGCAUCAUAUAGGCCUGUGUAUGUAAUAUUGUAUGGCUACUAAAAAGAGUACAAUCAAAUCAUAGUUAUUCGUUGGAAUAAUUGACCUUGGAGAUAGAAUGAAUAUGCUUUCAACAAGCAUUAAACAAAAAUACUGUGUAUUUUUCCAAUGCUUCUCAAAUAAUUUAUUGGGAAGUCCAUUACCAAACAAUUUCAAGUUUUUUAUUUUUUCGUUAAGGUGUGAAGUGACCUGACCAAACUAUAUCAUCAUUAUGACCCUCAAGAAAUUAUGGAUCAUGUAUGAAAAAUUGUGUACGUUUUAACUCUGAUAUGUGGUCAACUGUUGAAGAUUUUAUCAUGAAGAAUUGUCAAUCAUUGGUCAACUGAAAGGAUUGUGAUGAAAAUAAAUAUUGUAUCAUUAUUGUAUAACAAAUCAA